CGAUCCCAUUAGGAUGAGCGAGGUGAGUCCCGCUUGCUGCUGCAACCGGCGUCCCCCUCAAUGGCUUCAUGUCUCAUCACUCUCCUCACGCCCAUGGUGCCAACAUCCAGCUCACCUCCUUCGCCCGGUCUCUGGAAGCCACAUGCCGCCGCUCAUGCUACCAAUUUCUUCCCUGUUCUCUCCUCCCCCUGUGCUCUUUCCACCGCCUUCAGAGGCCACCACCAUUUUAGGGGUAAUGGUACCAUGAGGAGGAGAUUGGUGGUGAGGGCUGGGCCCCCUAGCACCAACAGCCUUAUCUUUGCCUUCGUGCUCCCGCUUUCCCUCCUCCUCGGCACCAUCUUCACUGCCGCGCGUGUCGCCGACAGGCUCGACGAGAAGUACCUUGAGGAGCUCGCGAUGAAUAAAGCGAUCAUGGAGGAAAAGGAAGCAGAGGAGGAUGAUAGUGACAAGGACGGAAAAGUGGCGGCAGAAGAAGAUGAAAGCAUUUUGCCGGACGAAGAGGAGGGCGUUGCAGCCGUCCCACGUGUUCGGAACCGCCCCAAGCGAGAAGCACAAUUGUAGGCCGCAUGUGAACUUAUUAUGCUGAACAAGACCAUCCCAUUGAUAAGCUUAUGAGAAUGAAGCAAAGAUUCAGCUCUGCCAACAAAAGCCUCCGAUUAUUUUCCUCCACAAUUCUUCACCCUGUUGAACCCCAAGUCUCGAUCGAUAGCUUCUCCUUUAGUUAAAAAUCCAAGUGAUUCGAAGCUUGUUGUUUAAAUGUGAUGUCUAAUGCUUGCUUGAUUGUUUCCUUCAUUUGGUUGUUAAUCUGUUAGCCACAAUGUGUAGAGGUAGAAAGGAUGGCACUGACAACCUUCAACCUCACAACCUUAUCAUUACUUGCUUGUUUUAUGCUUCUA